UUGAAUUCAUUCAAAUUUUUCAUGUAAUGUUUGUUCAUUAAAUUACCCAUAAAUGUACAAAAAAAUGUUAAAUUGUUAGUGUUUAUGUAACAAAUACUUUAUCACGUUGCAAUGGUACAAUCGAAACUUGUAGAAAGAAUGAGCCGUCCGGAAAAGCAGCGCAGCGGGCUCUACCGCCUGACGACUCCCUCGCGGCUCACCUCCUUUGAAGUAGCGGGCCGGCCGAAGCAAAGUGAUCUGUGGCGCGUUACAGUGAAGUCCGAGGACGAGGCGGAGGACGUGAUCGACCUCGGGGCUCCGCGCAAGGUCCGCGCGGCGCGCUGCGUGGCGGGCCCGCUCGCCCCGCAGCCGACGCGCACUCCCCGCAUCUACACGCCCAACCCCCGCUUGUAUCCAGGUCCGCAGAAAGUCCAAAAUAAGCAGAAGCGCAAAAAAUACGGGCGUAGCCGCAAGAAGACCGUAGCAUUUCUGCGCCCCGUAUUACCAAACUCGCGACUCUACCGCCCCGCGCCGCCGAAACCGCAACCGCCCCCGGCCAACCCCCGCACCGUGUGGCACCCCCCGGCGCAGGGGAAGCUCGAAACGGCAUCCCGCGCCGCGCUCCGCCUCAACGAGAUUUGGUGGUCGGAUCAGUCAGAAGAAUCCGUGCCUCAACCCCCCGGGUCGCCGCCCGUGCUAAAAAACCGUAGCCCGCUCCGACAAAGAUCAUCUUCUUCACCGUCGCACCCUCGUAAGCUCGUGGUGAAGCUGCCCGCGGCGGCGGGCGACGGCAACCCGAGCGAGCCGAGCCUGCGCUACCACCCCGCCAGCCGGCACUUCCGCGACCGCGAGCUGGGCUCGCGCGACUCCACGCCCACGGGCGGCCGCGUCAUCCACCAGUCGGCGCGCGGCAACAUGGAGGCCGCGCCGAGGCAUUCCACCAGCCCCGAGGACUGCUCCGAGGGGAAUGAUUCGCAGUCGGCGCCCAGCGAGUUUCUUGCUGAAUUCCUGUCAGCGAUAAUGCGGCGCCAAUACGCCGAGGCGCUGAAGUACUGCCGCCUGAUCCUGCAGUACGAGCCGCGCAACGCCACGGCGCGCGGCUUCUACCCGCUGCUGCAGCAGAAGCUGGCGCAGAGCCCCCGCACCAGCGACAAGUCCUCGCCGCCGAGGAGUCGCCACCAGCGCUCGAAGGCUAGCCGCUCCCCUGACUUAGGGGGCGCGUCCAGCGAUGCCAACUCCGGUGCGUCCUCGCCGGUACCACAAAGUCUUUUACCACAUGAGGUGAUGGAGCAGGAAGCGGACUCGCUGUCGUGCUCGGAGCCGCGGCCCGGCAGCGCGGGCAGCAGCGAGGCGGAGCCCGGCCUGGGCUCCGUCUCCUCGCAGUCCUCGCUCGAGCUCGACUCCUCGGCCGCGCACUCCUCGCCCAGCCUGUCGCUCAGCCGCCGCACCGACAGCCGACCCUGGAUGCGGCGGAGGGCGAUGUCAGGAGCGUCCGCGCUCGGCGUCUUCGGAGUCGUCGUUAGAGUCGGAUUCGUUGGUUGCACGCUCGCCCGCCCGCCGCUCAGCCGCCGACGCCGCACUUACAGCGCGUCGGCGUCGGGCACGUGGGACAGCUCGGGCUCGGGCGCGCGCGACGACAACGGCAACCCCGCGCCCGCCACCGCCGCCGCCGCCGCCGCCGCCGCCGCCGCCGCGCGCACCGGCUCACCCAAAUCAUACCUGUGCGACGCCGAGAACAACCAGCCCUCCGUGUCCACCGUCGGCCGCUCGCCGCGCCGCGCCCGCGCCGCGCCGCUCACGCUGCAGAGCGAGCAGUCGACGGAGUCGCUGCGGCGGCUGCGCGCGCAGUUCGCCUGCUCCAUCAAGUGAGCGCGCACCUCGUCUCGUACCACGUCUGCAUAAGUUUCUCGUACCGUUGUACUAAACUGUUUAAUGAA